AUACUAUGCUCAAGUGUGUAUUUGUGUUUUGCGUGUAUGUAUGUGAUUUACAUGUACAUUUGUAAAGAGUGAGUUCUAUGUGUGGAAAAUACAUACUAUAAAUUACUAAAGCGUUUUUGACAGCAAGUUUUACCUCAGUUGUAUUUAUUUAUUAUUUUUUGCUAACAACGAAAGCUGAAUUCGGCAGCAAAUGUCAGGCGUGGAUCAGAACAUAACCGGAACUGCAGCAAAAUCUGUCGAGGAGCGUAAUAUACCAUGGAGCCAACAAGUUGAUGAGGCCUUCUAUGAAAACCUAUCUUCUCCAGCCAACGAUGAUAGCUCUGGUAUUCAAAGCUCAAUGCAAUUUCAAUUUCCGCCAUUUAAUGUAAAAGAGAAUAAUAGUUUUUCAUUGACUAACCCGGGGAAAGGACGUAGGACAUCUCACAAUCAUGAUACAAAGAAAAAAUAUGGAAAUUCAGGUUCUUACAACAAUUCAAAGCGUGACGAUAGCCAGAUAAAUGCCUGGAGUUCAAGACGACUUUUAUCGGAAAAUUCUACGCCUUCUGUUCGGAAUAAUCCAAAUGAUAAUGGGCCAUCAUCUAAAUUGGACAAUCGCACAUGCGAAUCUGUAGAUGAAAUCAAGAUACACGCAGUAAGUGUUGCACCAAAAAAGACAACAUGGGCAUCUAUAGCUUCGCAGCCAGCAAAACCAACUUCGAAAACCACAUAUACUGCUUCUAGCCAUAAAAAGAAGGGUCCCGGCAUGCCACCACCUCCAAUGGUACCGGGAAAACAUAAUUUAGAUGUUAAUGUAUGGGAAUUGCCAAACAGUAAUCCACCGCCAGUACCAUCCCCGCCUUUACCAAUUGAAUUGUCCUGUUCGGAACAUAAUUUUUCUGUAUCGACUAGCGAAGAACCAUCGCCGGGUACACGAUCUGAAAAGGAUGAUUGCGUCAGAUUGGCCAGCAACAGUAAUUUUGGAAGCGGUCGACCUUCUUCGAACGGUCAACACCGCAAAAACUGGGUUGCAGAGCAUCUAGCUCACCAACAAGAUACACGACAGGCUAGCGGAACCUCUGUGCAAGCUAUCCGACGAACCACCCCUACCGGCCCACAAAAUCGAUUUAACGAACGCAAAGGAAAUUUUGCUCGCCACGACUAUGAUAAAAACUUGAAAUACGAAUGUCGUGAUGAAAAUAAUCCCCUUGUUGCACAAAGUUCGUAUAUAACUGCAGAGGUCACUGCUGACCCGCAAAUACUAUUGGACGAGUUGAAAGACAAGAAUAAUUAUAACCCUUCAGAAAUUGACUUAGAAAAAGCAACAGCCGCACGAUUUUUUGUCAUAAAAUCUUAUUCCGAAGAUGACAUUCAUCGCAGUAUAAAAUAUGAGAUUUGGUGUUCCACAGAUCACGGCAAUAAGCGCUUGGAUGACGCUUUUAAAGAACGACAUAAAGGGGGCGGCCAUAUUCUGCUUUUCUUUUCGGUAAAUGGCUCUGGCCAUUUUUGUGGCAUGGCACAAAUGAUGACAUCGGUGGAUUAUAACUCUACAUCCAGCGUUUGGUCUCAAGACAAAUGGAAGGGAAAGUUUAAAGUUAAAUGGAUUUAUGUGAAAGACGUGCCUAACGGAAAGCUUCGACAUAUUCGGCUCGAAAAUAAUGACAAUAAAUCAGUGACGCAUUCAAGAGAUACACAGGAAAUACCAAACACGAAAGGCAUAGAGGUCUUACAGAUACUACACUCAUAUAGGCAUUCAACAUCCAUUUUUGAUGAUUUUUCCCAUUAUGAAAAGAAACAGGAAGAGGAAGUUUCGUCUAAGCGACCAACAAUUCAUGUAACAGAUGCCAUUAGCCAAACUCAAGUACCAAUUAACCGACAUUAUGUCCGUGAAAACGACGAUAGGGAAAGGGAAAGAGAUGUGCGAGACAGUCGUAGCUUAACGAUUAAUAUGAAUCAAAAGAAUUUUUUUUGCGGUGGCAGUAACUUCCGUGAGCGUAAUUCGGUCCACAAAAGUGUCACAGGACCCGGAAACUAUAACUGCAGCUAUAGCGACCAUAGACGGGGUUUCGAUUGUCAGCGAACAAUAAGCGGGGAUUAUGUGCCGAAGGAAAGGGAAAAUGUGCAAAAUGAUAGAGAGAAUCAUUUUGGAAAACAUCAUGGGUCUAAUAAUCGACGGGACGAACAUUCACACAGCCAUUCAACUAAGGCAAGGUUAAAUAAGCGGGAUUUCAAUACUGAGCAAAUAAAAAGUGACGUGCGAUUUAGAACUGAACUGCCCACAUCCAGGGAUUUACCAAAAAUAAAUGAAAAUGAUAGAAUGCGGAACAAUGACUAUUAAGGACUGAGCUGCGGAAACAAACAAUUGAAAUGCGUCUGAUGAACGUUAUAUAGAAUCCUCAUGCCAAUGUGCACCUAAGAUUCGCUGAUUUCAUGUUUAAGAUUUUUUAAAAUUCUGUGUACAAGCAGUUAACCAGAAAGAUAAAAUUAAGCUGAAAAUAAAGCCAACAACCGGUAAUUAGGUAUAAAUACAAUAA